AGCUCACCGACUAUUGGUGGGAUGUUUGGCUUGUGUUUAAAGUCCACUGCCUUCAGCAUCACAAGCUUAUUCUCUUCUUGUAAAGGGGGCUGUCGAGGAUUCCCGUCACUGCGCCCCGCUUUUUACCAGUCUGAGAAUUGCUCCCUACCGUAACUCAUCAUUCACGCCACGGAACACCGCUCUUCUCUCACAGUACGGAAACGGUGGAAGCUCCCUUUCAGUGGUAGCCUACUAUAGAACUUCAAAACCCGUUCAGUACUAGAGAUGACUUACGGUUUCCUUGUCCGUUUGCACUGACAGUUUCUAAAUAGUUUCGUGGGAUUCCCGGAGUUUGAGAGGGAACAUUUAUUCGUAGUUUCCCUUUGCUCUCUUUUAUUUCAAGAGGUGGACGCAAUGGGAAUAUAUAUCCAUUUACUGCUUUUGCAGUACUUUGCCUCCAGUUUUGUUUGCAAUGCCGUCGCGUUUAUUGAGGAGCCCUCGGACAAGGCAGCGAAGUCGGACGGAUAUUGCGGCAGGAUUUUACGGGCACAGACUCAGGGCACACGGAGGGAAGGUUAUAAUGAGUUUCGUCUCAGAAUCGAAGGGGAUCCUGAAAAUUACCAGCCGGGGAGCAAUUACAGAGUGACCCUGUUGGCCUCCAGCCCAGCCUACUUCAGGGGCUUCACUCUCAUCGCACUGAGGGAGGGCAGAGAGGGAACCACAGACGAGGACUUCGCUGGUCAGUUCCAGAUCAUUGAUGAGGACGACACCCAGUUCCUGACCAACUGCCCCCCCGCCGUGACAGAGAGCACCCCCCGCAGGCGCACCAGGAUCCAGGUGUACUGGACAGCGCCCCCUGCUGGCAGCGGCUGCGUCAUCCUCAAGGCCAGCAUUGUGCAGAAGAAGGUCAUCUAUUUCCAGGAUGAAGGCUCGCUUACCAUCAGGCUGUGUGAGAAAGAGGCAGUGUUUGGAGCCGCUACAGAGAAGCCUGGUUUGGAAUGCUGUGCUUGUGGAACUGCCAAGUACAGACUUACCUUCCAUGGGAACUGGUCAGAGAAAGUUCACCCCAAAGAUUACCCCAGACGAGCCAACCACUGGUCUGCUCUGAUCGGGGCGUCCCACACGCAGGACUAUGUGCUGUGGGAGUACGGCGGCUACGCCAGCGAGGGCGUCAGGCAGGUGGCCGAGCUGGGCUCGCCCGUCAAGAUGGAGGAGGAGAUACGGCAGAAGGGUGAUGAAGUCCUGACCGUUAUAAAGACCAAACCCCAGUGGCCCGCCUGGCAGCCCCUCAACAUACGCGCCGCCCCGUCCGCAGAGUUCUCCGUGGACCACGUGCGUCACCUCAUGUCCUUCCUGACCAUGCUGGGUCCCAGUCCGGACUGGAACGUGGGUCUGUCUAAGGAGGACCUGUGCACCAAGGAUUGUGGCUGGGUCCAGAGGCUGGUCCAGGACCUCAUCCCCUGGGACGCAGGCACCGACAGCGGGGUCACCUAUGAGUCUCCUAACAAGCCCAGCAUUCCCCCAGAGAGAAUCCGCCCCCUCACAAGCCUCGACCAACCACAGAGCCCCUUCUACGACCCUGAGGGCGGGCCAAUCACUGCCUUGGCCAGGGUGGUGGUGGAGAGGAUCGCCAGGAAGGGUGAACAGUGCAACACGGUCCCAGAUACAGUGGACGAUAUCGUGGCAGACAUUGGUCAGGAGGAAAGGGGGGAAGACGACACACCAGAGACGUGUAUCUACUCCAGCUGGUCUCCCUGGUCGGCCUGCAGCUCUGCCACCUGUGACAAGGGCCGUCGGAUGAGGCAGCGCAUGCUGAAGGCCCAGUUGGACCUCAGUGUUACCUGCCCCCACACCCAGGACUUCCAGCCCUGCAUGGGGCCAGGAUGCAGCCAGGAGGAAUCCUCCACCUGUAUGAUGUCAGAGUGGAUCAGUUGGUCUCCGUGCAGCGCGUCAUGCGGCAUGGGCAUGAGGUCACGGGAGCGCUACGUCAAGCAGUUCCCCGAGGACGGCUCCCUCUGCGCCCUGCCCACCGACGACAGCCAGAAGUGUGUGGUCAACGAAGACUGCUCGGCCAGCAGCUGUGUGGUGACAGAGUGGGGGGAGUGGGACCCCUGCAGCGCCACCUGUGGGCUGGGCAUGAGGCGGCGUGAGCGCAUGGUGAAGAUGCCUCCGCUGGACGGCUCCGUGUGCAGGGCAGACGUGGAGGAGGUGGAGAAGUGCAUGAUGCCAGACUGCCACUCCAUCCCGUGUAUGCUGUCUCCGUGGUCGGACUGGAGCGCGUGCAGUUUGACGUGUGGGCGGGGCCUGAGGACUCGGCAGCGCAUGCUGAAGUCGGAGGAGGGCGGCUGCAACGAGGAGCUGGAGCAGAGCGAGAGAUGCAUGCUGCCUGAAUGUCCCACUGACUGCAUGGUGUCCGAGUGGUCCGAGUGGUCUGAGUGUAACAAGUCGUGUGGGCGUGGCCACGCCCUGCGGACCCGCAUGGUGAAGCUGGAGCCCCAGUUCGGGGGCCGGCCCUGCCCCGAGGCCGUGCAGAGGAGGAAGUGCAAGAUGAGGAAGUGCAGCCGCGGCGACGACAAGAGGAACACCGGCGGGGCGGAGAGGAGGAGGGGGGAGGGAGGGGCGGAGAGGAGGAGGGGUGAGGGCAUAACUGAUAGGAAGAGGGCGGAUGGCGUUGCGGAGAGGAGGCGGGCGGGCAAGCAGGGGAGAGAUGCCGCUGUGGAGGAGCAGCCAGGCUGCAGAUCCAGGCCCUGGUCCAACUGGGCGGACUGUUCCAAGCCCUGUGGCGGGGGAAUCCAGGAGCGCUUCAUGUCUGCGAAGAAACGAGCCAAGAGCUCUCAGGUUGGCAGCUGCAAGGACAGAAAGGAGAUCCGCGCCUGCAACGUUCACCCCUGCUAGAGGGCGCCGUGGAGAAGAGUCAGUACUGGAGGAAUACAAACAUGCCCUUCUGUGCCGGGUGUUCGAGGAGGAAGUGGAGAGUUAGUUUUAAGCUAGGGUGAGGAGAGGAGAGGUUUUCUGUAGCUGUUUAGCAGAAGACUGGGCUGUGACCAGUGGACCAGACCAGCCAUAGUUAGUCUUCUAGCUGCCUCCCUCAUCAGGCACACAGUAUGUGUCGUGUAACUAUGUAACUCACUCUAUUUACCAACAUCCCUCUCUCAACACGCACAUGCAUCCCUCACAAUUUUGAUAUCUUUGCUGUCUUUAUAUAGGUCUUCUGCACUACAUAACUAGCACUGAAACACAGUCUUCGUUUAGCACAUUUAGCCAACGCUAAGCACAGAGGGGAUUUGAACCUACAACCUCUUGCCCUUUCUAACCAUUGAGCUACAUCCAUCUCCCUCUACUGAUUGUUUAUAACCAGCUAACUAACUUAGUUAGUCCCUUUCUGUACACGUGGUUCAUCAAGUGAUUAUACUGUAUGACUUGUUAUUUAAAUGUCAAAUCAGAAUCCCAUGCAAGACAUGUCUGAACCAUCAUAAAGGCAGAGUUUGAGCACAGAGGAGUCUUUGUACAAUCAGCUGUCAGGAUUUCUGCCAUCUUUCCUGGAUCUCUACCAUGCACACAUCUGCUGGGCGAGGUGUUCUACAAACCCACCUGCUAUUGAACCGCAGUGCCAAGGCCCACCGGAUUCCAUAGUCACAUAAAGUACAUCCUUUUGUACAGCAUAGAACAGUUAGACGAGGUAACGCAUCACAUUAAGGUUCCAUUAACUACCAUGUAGCUACAUUUCAAUACCUAGGGUAACAACAUUGUAGUUACAUAGGAACUGCUGUCAAUUUAACCUUCUACAGGUUCAAGAGGUCAAAGAUGGAGGGCUCUCCAGUGGAUGUUAAAAGUGAUCUUUGACUGCCCAUUUGCAGCGUCCCAUCACCCCUUCCACCCUAACCCCCCCCCCCCCCCACACUUUGACUUGUUUUACUGGGCAGACUGACAGAGUACCUUUAUCCCUUGACACCAACUUCUACCUACCAAUAACUGUUACUGGAGAUGUUGCUGUGUAAAUGCAUGGUAGUUCAUGUAACCUUAAUGUAUAAAGUGUUGCCCAUCUCGUGAGGACAAGUGUUGAUUGUACAGACCUGUCACUGAAUGGAAAGGUCCACCCAAUAAGUCAUUGAAAACGUGAACGUAUCCCGUGGUUGCUCUUACUUCGGCAGAUUAUCUUUCUCGAGUAAACAGUUACGCUUUUAUUCCGUUGUUCUAUGUAGAGCCAGAAAACGCCAGCUGUAGAUGUCAGAGAUUUUUGUGCAAGAUAUUCCGUUAAUUUUGUGUAUUUUGAUACAAACGAACGGGGUCCUAUUUACAAUUCCUGUUUCGAUGAUCAUUUUCUCACCCCUCCUUCUCUUUCUCAUUUUACUUUUUUCGCCUGUGCACCAUAUUGCUAUUUUGGAAUAAAUCACCUUUACAAUAAAGUGGAGAAUUUUCAACUACAA